AUGAGGUACCAGGGGAAGAAAGUGAACAUCACUGUUACUGAAUUGACAAGAUUGAAUGAAGCUCACAGAAGAUCUAUUGAGUCAGCUGAUUCAAUCGAUAGUUUAUUGUUUUCUUAUCAAGGAUGUGAAUCCCAGGAACAAAAGCCGAAAAACUCUAAAUGGCUGAUUCUAUUAGGAUGUUUUGCAUCUUUGGGGUCAAUCUAUGGUGAUAUUAGUACUUCUCCAUUAUAUACAUUUAACAACCUAUUUGAUAAUCCUUCACAAUUAGAAGUUAUUGGUGCUAUGUCUAUUCUUUUUUGGUUGUUCACCUUGAUGGUCAUGGUCAAGUAUGUGUUGGUAGUGAUUUCCUAUGGUAGUUACAGAGAUGGAGGUGGUCAAAUAGCUAUAUAUUCCAAAAUAGUAAAUCAUUUGGAAAAUAAAAGUGUUUAUGAUGUUAAUGAUAGUGAUGAGUGGAUACGAACCAUUUCCAAGACAGUAUGCUUCAUAGGAUGUUCCCUUGUCAUAUCUGAUGGCUUGUUAACUCCUACAACUUCAAUUUUGAAUGCAACUUCAGGAAUCUCUUUACCAUUCCCUACCUUCGAUCACCAAUUGGCAUUGAGUGUCUUCAUACUUUUCUGUGUUUUUUCCAUCCAAAGAUUCGGUGCUGAUAAAUUAUCGUUUUUAUUUGCUCCUGUGAUACUUCUUUGGUUGGUUAAUCUUGGAAUUAUUGGUGCUAUCAAUAUAGCUAAAUGCCCUGUCAUUCUCAAAGCUGUGAAUCCAUGGUAUGGGUACUUGUAUUUGAAAAACCACGGAUUGGGUGGAGUUUCUGCCUUUACUUUGGCUAUUACAGGUACUGAAGCGAUAUUCCUUGAUUUGGGGUAUAUUGAGAUGUUUCCUGUGCAAUUGACGGUAUGUGGUUUGGUAUACCCAUGUUUAAUGAUGAAUUAUUUCGGUCAAUGCAGCUAUGUCAUAUUGAACCCCGUAUCUACGCCCAACACAGACAGCUCUUUUGUUGGCGUGUUCUACAGUUCUAUUCCAGGAGGUGCCAAUAGUAGCUACUAUUGGAUUGUCUUCAUUUUGGCUACUUUAUCCACAAUUAUCGCUUCCCAAGCACUUAUUUUAGGAGUGUUCACUGUCAUACAUCAACUAGUUGAACUAGAAUUUCUACCCCGAUUAGACAUUAUCCACCUUAGCUCCGAACACAAGCAAAUGGUGUUUAUCCCAGCUGUGAACUUUUUCUUAAUGGUUGGUCUAUUGGUGACAAUGUUAAUUUUCCAAAAUCCUCAGGAUAUCACCAUGGCUUAUGGAUUGGGGAUAUCGCUUGACUUCUUAAUAACUUCAGUUCUUACCCUUUUGGUACUAACGUUGGUGUAUAAAAGACUAUUGGGUCUAACAUUACUUGUAUUCAUACCUAUUGAGAUAGUGAUGGUCAUAGCGAAUUAUCAGACUUUGUACAAAGGAGGGUGGUUUGUGGUGAUUAUAAGUGCAUUAUUUACGUCAUUCUUAUUCUUUUAUGAUAAAUCUACAUAA